ACGCGUGCCACCCAAUGAAAGCAAGUAAUGAAAGCGAUACUGUAUAACAGUGCUGGUGCACUGCGGCUCAUCGACGAUGUCGAAAUACCUUCCAUCUCGUCGGAACAGAUUUUGGUGAAGGUUGUUGCGUGUGGGGUGAACCGGUUAGACUUGUUGCAGAAGGCUGGCCGUUAUCCCCCACCUCAAGGAGAAAGCACCAUAUUAGGAGUCGAAGUGUCGGGGUAUGUACAUGAUAUUGGUGACAAAGCUGCGGCAGCCAGUGGUCUAAAAGUAGGAGAUGGCGUAUGUGCAUUGGUUGGUGGAGGAGGAUAUGCUGGUUAUUGCGUAGUUCCGUGGGAGACCACUGUUCUUAUACCCAAUGGCAUAUCUGUUCUCGAUGCUGCUGGGAUUCCUGAAGCAUAUUUAACAGCUUAUUCUGCUCUAAUGUGGAGUGCACGAAUGAGACAAGGAGAAUCAGUAAUGAUUCAUGCAGGCGCUAGUGGCGUGGGUACGGCUGCAGCUCUCAUUGCAAAGGCAACUGGUAGCAGCCAAAUAUUUGUAACAUCUGGCUCUGAUGCCAAGCUGGAGGCCUGCUCGAAGCUUGUUAAUGGUGAUAUACACUGUAUUAACUACAAAGUAAAGAACUUUGCAGAUGAAGUCCUUAAAGCUACAAAUGGAAGAGGUGUGGAUAUCAUAGUAGACUUCGUUGGGGCAUCCUACUGGGAGAAAAAUCUUCGUUCUAUUGCCCUUGAUGGCCGAAUAGUACUCCUGGGUCUGUUAGGAGGUGCAGUCACAGAAUGUGGGUUUGAUAUGGGAACAAUCUUGAGGAAACGCGUCAGUCUAGUCGCUAGUACACUAAGAAGUCGAUCACUUUCAUACAAGGCAGAACUAUGCAGAGAGUUUAAAGAGAAAGCGUUUCCUCUCUUUACGAGUGGCAUCUUGAAACCAGUUAUUGACAAAGUGUAUGUGAUUGAGGAAGUUGAAGCAGCACAUGAACGAAUGGGAAGCAACCAGAAUGUAGGUAAAAUUUUAUUAACACUGUAA